AUGGAUCAACUACUGCCAUUAUUCAGCCUUCUUGUGCUUUCUACACCGGUUGCUGCUCAGAGUAAUGGAACAGCUACUAUUUCCUAUGCUCUACCUUCGGGCUACACAACUGCAAGCUUCAACGCCUCUGCACAACCUACUGCCUACAACCGCACCGAUUUCUCGCCCAAUGCCCUCGCAUCUCUCUGGGACAUGGUAGGUCCCAUUGUAACAGGCCCUAUCACCACCACUGUUACUCCAACUCCAGAACCAACGGCGUACCCACAGCCAGACCCCCAAUACUACCACGCUCUUGUAGGUAGUGGAUAUCCCGAAGCACAGGGCUUGAAGCUUCCCAAAAAUUUCCAAUGGGGUUUCAGCUCUUCCGCGUAUCAGAUUGAGGGUGCGGCCAAGGACGAAGGCAAAGGACCCAGUAUCUGGGAUUUGUUGGCACACCGAGUGCCGAACUUUGUCGCUGAUAACACGACUGGUGAUGUCGUUGAUCAGCAUUACUACCUGUACAAACAGGACUUUGCCAGAUUAGCAAGUCUAGGAAUCAAAGCCUUCAGUCCCAGCUUUUCCUGGCCGCGCUUCUUCCCGUUUGGCCACGGUAUCCACCCCGCUGUCACACUCUUUCACUGGGAUACUCCACUCGCCAUCUUCAAUGAAUACGGUGCUUGGACCGAUCGCCGUGUAGUCGAUGACUUCUUCAACUAUGCCAAGUUUGUCAUUACACGAUAUGACGCGUAUGUCGACGAGUGGUUUACAAUCAACGAGCCCCAGUAUUGUAACUGGCAAUACGCGGGUUACCCGGCAGGCAAAUACUAUCCCGCACCAAACGGUGUCACCGGUGGCAACGAAGCCCGGUUCCUGUGUGGCCACCACACUCUGCUCGCGCACGCAAAGGUGUCCAAGUGGUAUCAUGAAGAGUUUAAAGGACGUGGCCGCAUUACCUUUAAGAACAGCGGAAACUACUUCGAAGCCAACAGCACGAAGCCAGAAGACGAAGUCGCACGCCAAAGAAACUUUGACUUCAGCAUUGGCUGGUUUGGUGGGCCAUGGACGGAUGGUGAUUACCCGCAGUCGCUUAAAGACACACUUGGCGACCUCUUGCCUGAGUUCACACAAGAGGAGAAAGACAUGAUCAAAGGAUCGUGCGACUUUUACGCCAUCGACCCUUACUCCAGUUUCCUAGCUUUCGAGGUUGAUGGCGGCCUGGAAUCGUGCACGAGCAACCGCUCACACCCAGCCUUCCCCGACUGUGCUGGCUCAGCAAGUGCAGCCCCUAACGGGUUUCCCAUUGGUCCUGCCGCUGACCCAGCCAUGUCUUGGUUCUACUCGGCACCUGCCGGCGUGCGUCGCUACCUGAAGCACAUCACCCAGGUCCUCUUCCCUUCGAUUCCCGACAUCGUUGUCAGCGAAUUUGGUUUCGCCGAGCCUUUCGAAGGACAGUGGUCAAACCUGAACUCAGCGCUCUGGGACCUGAAGAGAGCAGAUUACUUCCAGCAAUACCUAGACAAUAUCCUGCUGUCGAUUCACGAGGAUGGCGUUAACGUGACUGGAGCGUGGGGAUGGUCCAUUCUGGACAAUUUCGAGUGGGCGCUUGGUACGUCGGUUAGGUUCGGAGUGCAGUACGUUAACUAUACGAGUCUGGAGAGGACGCCCAAGGCUAGUUUGUUCCAGUUCUUGAACUGGUUCAAGGAGCAUGAGGCGGGUGAGAAUGCGACGAUGAAGAUGUAG